AUCCCGCCAUCCUCUCCUCCACAGACUCGCGCGACCCGUCCAUCUUCCCCAUCGCUCCGAGGUGGCCGGCGGUGUUCUCCUGCGGAACGUGGAGUCCCGGGUGUCUCGGCUCGGCGCCCUCCUCCAGGGGCGAGGAGGAGGUGCGCCGGGAGAGUCGUCCAAGUUCCUCCCGGCGUUUGUCGCCGCUCCGGCGGACAGUCAUGGCUCCGAGCGCCGGGACAGACGUGGAUCGACCCGUUUCAGGAUGCCUGUGAUGCGGGGUCUCAUCGCGCCCCAAAACACUUUCCUCGAGACAAUCGCUACGCGGUUCGACGGCACCCACAGUAACUUUGUUCUGGGGAACGCACAGGUUCAAUCUCUCUAUCCUAUUGUCUACUGCUCCGACGGCUUCUGCGAACUGACUGGCUUUGCCCGCGGUGAGUUGAUGCAGAAGAGCUGCUUGUGUCACUUCCUCUACGGCGUUGAGACCAGCAACCACCUCACCUCACUCAUGCAGACGGCUCUGGAUGAACGCCGCGAGUUCAAGACUGAGAUUGUCCUGUAUAGGAAGAGCGGUUCUAAGUUCUGGUGCUUGCUGGAUAUUGUGCCCAUCAAGAAUGAGAAGAGUGAAGUGGUGUUGUUUCUCGUCUCACAUAAGAACAUCACAGAGAAUAAGGACAGUCACAAUGGCGACAAAUCAGAGGAAGAAAGUGGUCCAGCCGUCCAGCGCAGUAGUCCUCCUCGAGGAAUCCAUAUGGAACGGCGCCGCAGCCGAGCUGUUCUCUAUCAACUGUCAGGACAUCUGCAGAAGCAUGACAAGAACAAGAGCAAGCUUAAGAUCAAUAAUAGCGUUCUGGGAGCCAACGCUAACCCAGUCCCUGAAUAUAAGGUGGCCGACAUCCACAAGUCAUGUUUCAUCCUCCUUCACUACGGGGCGUUCAAGGCCGGCUGGGAUUGGCUCAUCCUAUUGGCUACUUUCUAUGUUGCCAUCACCGUUCCAUACAACGUGUGCUUCGCUGCAGCGGAGACGCAGGAUGGAGGCUCUGCUGCGCGAAGUCCCCCGAGCGUCAGUGAUAUUCUGGUGGAGAUUCUGUUUAUUAUGGAUAUUGUGCUGAACUUUCGAACCACCUACGUCAGCACCUCUGGUCAGGUUGUGUACGACGCUCGCUCCAUCUGCAUUCAUUACGUCACUUCGUGGCUCUUUGUGGAUCUGGUUGCGGCACUGCCCUUUGACUUGCUCUACGCCUUCAACGUCAGUGUGAACUUUGGUGUCCACCUUCUGAAGACGGUGCGUCUCCUGCGGCUCCUGCGGCUCCUGCAGAAGCUGGACCGUUACUCUCAGUACAGCGCCGUGGUCCUCACCCUGCUCAUGUCCACCUUCGCCCUGCUCGCUCACUGGAUGGCCUGUGUCUGGUACUUAAUCGGACGCAGCGAAAUUGAAAGCAGCAGAUCCACAACCUGGGACAUAGGCUGGCUCCAUGAACUAGCCAAACGCUUGGGAACACCGUAUUUGAUAUCAGCCCCGAGCUCCUUGUUGGGGCCACAUUCAUCUGAAGGAUCACUGUCAGAGAGCUUCACUCACUCCAGCCAGUGGAAAAAUAGUGGAACGGAAACAAGGACUCCAGUUGGUUCUGGGAGCACGCUGAGUGGUGGUCCCUCCGUCCGGAGCUCCUAUGUGACCUCACUGUACUUUGCUUUGAGCAGUCUGACCAGCGUGGGGUUUGGGAAUGUGUCGGCCAACACAGACUCUGAGAAGAUCUUCUCCAUCUGUACCAUGCUGAUAGGAGCUUUAAUGCACGCUGUGGUCUUUGGAAAUGUGACCGCCAUCAUUCAGAGGAUGUACUCUCGCCGUUCCCUCUACCACACCCGCACCAAGGACCUGAAAGACUUCAUCCGAGUUCACCAGCUGCCAACGUCUCUAGAGCAGCGCAUGAUGGAGUGUUUCCAGACCACAUGGUCGGUCAACAAUGGCAUAGAUGUUACUGAGCUGCUGAAGGACUUUCCAGACGAGCUGAGAGCAGACAUCGCCAUGCAUCUGAAUAAAGAAGUCCUGCAGCUGUCGCUCUUCGAGUCGGCCAGCAGGGGAUGUCUGCGCUCUCUCUCCCUCAUCAUCGGGACCUCUUUCUGCGCCCCUGGGGAGUUCCUCAUCCGCCAGGGCGACGCCCUGCCAGCCAUAUACUUUGUCUGCUCUGGAUCCAUGGAGGUCCUCAAGGACAACACGGUGUUGGCAAUACUGGGCCGAGGUGAUUUGAUCGGAUCCGACCGUCUGAUGCAAGAGGAUGUGAUCAAGACCAACGCCUGCGUGAAAGCGCUGACCUACUGUGAGCUUCAGUAUAUCAGCCUGAAAGGGCUACGAGAAGUUCUCUGCCUGUACCCUGACUAUGCCCAAAAGUUCAUCUCUGAGAUACGCCAUGAUCUGACCUACAAUCUGCGAGACGGACACAACCCGGAGAGCGACUGUGAGAGCAAUGGUGGAAUGGUGAAAAAGCUCCCCUCCAUCACUGAGGAUGAGGAAGGAUCAGGAUCCUCGUUUCUGGGCAGGGUUGGCCGAAACUCGAUCACACCCUUAGACUCACCACUUGGCUCGUCACAGCUGCCAUCCGCAUCACCUCUGAUGCCCUCUAAUGAGUCAGGUCAGCCUUGCAGCCAGCAGAUCCCUGUGCUGCGAUUCAGCUGCCUGCAGCCAGACCUCACCUCCAGGUUUGUGGACGGUGCCGACACAGAAAACAAAAGCAGGUCUGCGCACAACUUGGACUUCUCUCACAGCGACGCCAGCUCCAUGAUAUGCUGCGAUACAGACACGAUGCAGACUAUUGCUAAACUGAAACACGAGAUGGGCAUCCUCUCCCAGCAGGUCGCCACUGUGACCCAGGAGCUGCAGGAAAUGACCCGGCAGCUGAAGUCCGUUUUUCAAAACUCGUCUGCUCUCCUGACACCCAGCACAGACGCUCUGCUCCCAGGCAGCGUCUCGCCAGCUCCACCUCACCCUGGUGCCAAAAGUAUCCUCAGCCCACCCCAAGGUCUCUCAAGGCAUCCGGAGUAUUGAUCAGCCACGUUAGUGCCCGUCGCCCCAGUUGAUCAUGGCUCACCCCUGGAACUCUCAUUUGUCAGUCGCUCUGUUUCCCCAACUCCAACGUCAUGUCCAGUGAGGCCAGUAAGGCGUUACUCUUAUACAGGCACUUUUUUUCAGUAAGCAGUAAUCUGAUGUUGCGUUACUAUACAAAUCAGAUUACAGUUACUUAUCGAAGUCACUGUGCGUUUCUACUGUUGCCAUUGUCGGGAAGCGAAAUAUGAACUUCUGCUUUCUUUAACAGCGUCUUUGGGCGUGACGUCAUGUGUAGGACACGGCAGUCACGAUUUCAGCAGGCGAGCAGCUCAUGAAUAACAGCGGAGUGAGGAGAGAGAUGUGCGUUUCUAUCUUAAAAUACAGCCACUACUUUGAACUAGUGCAGGGAUGAUGUGAUGGACUGAUGUUGUGCUUUCUCUGGAAAGUCAGAAAUACAAUGAUCCUCUGGUGUAGAGGCCAGUCCCAGCAGCCACUGAAGUGCAGCUACUGCCUCCAAGUGGCGAGACUCACUACACAUUUGCCUUGUAGUUUAAAAAAACAAAAAAGUAGUAAAAUGAUAAUAAUAACAUGACUGGUUGUGUGUGAUUUUAGCUCCAAUCGGUUCGAGUGUGUCAAAAUAAAACAUUGACGGUACGUCCAUAUAACUGAGAUUGUUCUGAAAAAAUGACCCCAAACAUGGCAAGGUGGACCCCCAAGACCUCCAACCUAAAAUUUGACAUCAAACUAUUGUUUAGCCGAGGAGAGCCGUCGUCGGCUGCUCAAUGCAACUUGACAGGUAACUUGUAACUUAGUUUAUUUGAGGGCGUAAUCGGCAGUCGGAUUACUUUUUCAAAGUCACUGUGGCAACGCUGCUCAUGUCGUCCACUCUCAUCCUGUUCAGCUGUUUGUUAGUGGCCAGAAGGACCGGGGCCUGCCUGCCUUGACAAGUUGUUGCCCGGAGUUAUUGGAGACCAUGUGACUCGAUAA